AUGGCUUCGCCCUCCGCGGAGCUCUUUUCGAUUGUCCGGUGCGCGCUGUGGAAGUCCGGUCGUGAUGAGGCGCGUGAGCUGUUCUCACUUUCUUCUAGCGCUGCACAAGACGGGGCCGCAGGCGCCGAAAGACGAUUCAACCCAGACGAGACGCACGUGUACACGUUGGACAGCAUGGACGCCUUAGACGUCACAAUUGACGCGCAGACGCACAGCGCGGCCUGGCAUCAUCACCUGUCGCAGCAACACCACUGCACUCCAGCGACGAAGGAAACGGUGGAAGGCAUGCUGAAGGUGCAGUUUCUACUCACGUCGACCGUCUCCAGCAUGACCAACACACAGAAGACUCCCGCCCAGUUACUCCCGCUGCGCAUCCCGCUCAUCAAACCCAAUAUUGAGUGUCGGCCCGGCGUGAUUUGGUUUCGCCCCGGUCAGCAGCGCCACGACGGCCGUGCGCAAGUGGCCUACACUCAAACCUUCACGGUGUACAACACAAGCGCGGCCGCUGCGCGCUUCCGCAUUUACCCUGUUCCGGGAAGCACGGCAGAUAUACGGAAGAAGGCUGCCAUGGACACCUUCCGUGCUCAGCAGCAGCUGCAACUGCAGCGCAGCGUGCUGGCUGCCUCCGUUGCGGCUUCCCCCGCGGUGGCGAGUGAGCUGGUGACGGCGAACACGAUGACGACGACGGUGGGUGUGGUGGGCGACGAUGUGCAUCACUCCCUCAUGCACAAGGUGAAGGAGGUGGUGAAGAUGCCAGCCACGGCCCCACCGGCGGAAGGGCGGGCGGAUCUUGUGUACGUGGACGACCCUGCGCAGUUUACGAUCUCGCCGUCGGAGGGCGUCGUGCCGGCGGCUUCGCUGGGCGGCGAGCCGGCGGAAGUGAAGAUACGAGUGGACUUCCGUGAGUUCUCCAGCAUCCGUUACGAGUCGCUCUUCGCGGUUGCCAUAGAGGGCGACCCUUCCGUACCCCCGACGUAUGUCGUGGUGCGUGGGGACAGCCGGGACACGGAAGUGUGA